AUGGUACGCAUAACAAGUCGAAGCUUGGGGCGAAUGCUAUUCUGGGCGUCAGACAUUCCGUUGUAUGAGUUUCUUCGACGUGAGUCUGGAGCAAAAAAGCCAUUCGUGAUGCCUGUGCCGUUCUUCAAUGUCCUGAAUGGAGGCGUGCAUUCGGGCAAUAGGAUGGCCUUUCAAGAGACGAUGAUCGCUCCUGUCGGAGCCUCCUCUUUCACGGAAGCAGUACAUAUGGGUAGCGAGGUUUACCAGCAAAGAAGAAGGCCAUUGUUAAGAAAUUUGGACCAUCUGGUUAGUGUAUCUUUCACCGUACCGUAUAUAGCCAUUACUGAUAAGUGCAUUCAAGCUACCGGCGUUGGGGACGAAGGGGUAUUUGCACCACCGAUUUCCCAGCCUCAUGAGGCACUAGACCUCCUGGUUGAAGCCAUCAAAUUCGCGAUUGAUUCUGCAUCUAGCGAAUUCUUCAGGGAUGGGAACUACGACAUUGGGUUCAAAGACGACAGACCGAACUUGCAAAACCCAAAACAGCUUGCAGAGUUAUAUCGCACAUUGUUGCAAAAUUAUCCCAUAGUUCUACUGAAAGAUCCAUUUGCCGAAACUGAUUGGGACAGUUGGAUCGAAUUCAACAAAAAUUGUCCAGUCGAACUGGUUGGGGAUGACUUGCUGGUCACGAAUACGAAAUACGUGCAAGAGGCCAAUGAUAAGAGAGCUUGUAAUUCUAUGCUACUCAAAAUCAACCAAAUAGGCACUAUCUCCGAAGCAAUUGAGGCGUUAGUUUCUCUUAGGGCGAACUUGGCAUACAGUUUUGACUGGAGUAUUUUCGUAUCCCACCGGUCCGGUGAGACCACCGAUGAUUUUAUUGCAGAUUUGGUCGUGGGCUUAAGGACCGGUCAUAUUAAACCUGGGGCACCUUGCAGGGGUGAGAGAGUGGCCAAGGAUAAUCGGCUGAUGGAGAUUGAGGCGGAAAUUUUGACUGGGGAAGAAUGCAUUUAUGCUGGUUCCCAAUUCAGGGUGGCAUCUAAAUAUUGA